AUGAAUCCCAAUACCAUACGCCGUUUAAAGGCACUCAGUGGAGUAGUCGAAACUGUGAAGAUCCAAUAUGAAAUCGACCAAGAAAAGUCCAAGAUUAGAGAGCCAGCCCAAAAGAUCGUUAAGGCUGUUCUUAGCUUCCAGGACUUUAUCAAGGCAGCUGUUGCAUUUGACCCAACAGGACACGCAACUAGCGUCUGGGCAGUUAUAUCCCUAGGGUUAACCGCGCGACUCAAGAUGACACAAAACUAUCAAAGUCAGAAAGUGGCUUGGUUGGAAUCUUGCACCUUUCUCGCAGACAUUCUUACCCAGUAUAGCUUUGUGGAGGACGAAUAUCAAAAGGACCCAAACACCGACAAACACAUCAAGACAGCUCUUGUCCAGGUAUACAUCGCAGUUUUAACGUUCGCUGCCCUAAUCCAGUCACUUUAUAACCGCGGCCGUGCUGUCUGGAUCUGGAAAAGCAUGUCUGGGGAUUCCCUCUCCGAACUCCAGAAAUCUAUUGUUGAAGCGGAGUCGCAUCUGGGCCGAUGGCUCCACAUAGUUGACCGGCGUGAACAGAAAGAGACAGGAAAUCGGCUUCUUGAACAGGCGGAGGAAAUCCUGACCAAAAUUGACCAUAUGUUGGACUCAGUCAAGGAAGUCCGCGACAAGAUGGUCCUUGCGGAGCUCAAAGUUACAGAAGAGGCUUAUUAUAACGCGUAUAACGGAGAAGAGUAUCAAGAAUAUCUGCAAGAGACUCAAACUGAACUUCUUAGGGAUAUCAAGAGCUGGGUUACUGAUCCAGAUAGGCAAGCCGUGUUUUGGCUGCAGGGUAUGGCAGGAACAGGAAAGUCCACUGUGUCACGGACAGUGGCUCACUUCUUCUUUAAGAAGGGCGGAACAGAUCGUGAAGAUGCCAAGCGACUUUUUACCACUCUUACCAAACAAAUAAUGGAGAGAGUACCUCAUCUCCAGCUGCCUGUCAAGAAGGCCAUUGGGGACUCACGUGAUAUUGGAAGCAGUAAUCCACAAGAACAGUUCAAUAAACUGCUUUUGAAACCUCUCAUGAGCCUCAAUCUUGGCUUAAGGGCUCCGUUGAUCCUGGUGGUUGUCAUCGAUGCUCUAGAUGAGUGUCAAGUACCAGCUGAUGUCGCGGCCUUUCUCUCAACGUUGCCCAAGUUGAACAAUUUGAAAGAUAUCCAACUACGAAUGUUUAUCACCAGUAGGCCAGAACCACCCGUCAUCAAGGGUUUUCGAUCAAUUGACAAGGAUGGGAUCAUUCUUCAUCAGAUUGAGAGAUUGACUAUCGAGCAUGAUAUCUUAAUCUUUCUCCGGCAAAAGCUUAACAGGAUAAGAGAUGAUUAUAAGCUACCACAAGACUGGCCUGGGGAUAAGAAUUUCAAGGCUCUAGUCGAUGUGGCUGUUCCUCUAUUUAUUUACGCCGCAACAAUAUAUCGGUUCCUUAAUUGUAAUAGAGAACUACUAGGCGACCGACUUCAAGCCAUAUUAUCCUCACACUCGAGUGACAGGAUAGAGAAGAUUGACAGCGAAUACUCAAAAUUGACCAGUAUCUAUUCCCCAGUUUUAGAGCAUGCCGUAUCGCAGAAAGAGCCCACUGAACUAAGAUUCUGGAUGGAUGACUUUCGCCGAAUUGUGGGUGCUGUUGUUCUUCUCUUCAGCCCACUCUUAUCUGUCUCCCUGGCCAAGCUCAUCUGUUUUGACAAGACGAAAGUCCAAGGCCGACUGAGUUCUCUCCAAUCUGUGGUAUCAGUGCCAAAAGAUAGUGAUGCUCCUAUCCAGCUUCUUCAUCUUUCGUUUCGCGAGUUUCUGGUUGACCGUUCAGCAUCUGAUAAGUUCUGGAUUAAUGAACCGGCAGGUCACACACAGCUUGCCAAGGAUUGUCUUUGGUGUAUGGAUCAAGAACUACAGAGAGAUAUAUGCCGUCUUUCACAUCCAGGGGUGAAAAGAAAUGAGAUUGACAAGGCGAAUAGUGAACUGUCUGCUUUAAACUGGACACUGAUAGAAAAUUUUUUGAAGUCGCAUUUCUUGCAUUGGUUAGAAGUGAUAAGCCUUUUUGGAUGGGUUUCAGAAACAAUCCACAAUAUCACAGCUUUGAAGUCACUGGAAAAGUCACCUUGGCUAGCUGAUUUUCUACACGAUGCAAAGCGUUUUGUUCUGAAAAAUCUCCAGAUAGCGGAUGCAGCGCCACUUCAGAUUUAUUGUGCAGGGUUGGUAUUUGCACCUCGAACGGCAAUUAUCCGUAGAGAGUUCCAUUCAGAGCUUCCUAAUUGGAUCUGCCAGUUUCCACAGGUUCAGGAAACCUGGAGUGCAGAAUUGCAGACCCUCGAGGGCCAUAGAGGCGGGGUUUUGUCAGUAGCCUUCUCGCCCGAUGGCCGGCUCCUGGCAUCCGGCUCCGAGGAUAGGACAGUACGGCUCUGGGACCCAGCGACGGGUGCUCUGCAACAGACCUUUAAGGGCCAUAGAGGCAGGCUUUUGGCAAUGGCCUUCUCGCCCGAUAGCCGGCUACUGGCAUCCAGCUCCGACAAUGGGACAGUACAGCUCUGGGACCCAGCAACAGGCGCUCGGCAACGGACCCUUGAGGGCCAUAUAAACUGGGUUUUGUCAGUGGCCUUCUCGCCCGAUAGCCGGCUACUGGCAUCCAGCUCCAACGAUAACACAGUACGGCUCUGGGACCCAGCAACGGGCGCUCUGCAACAGACCCUUGAGGGCUAUACAAACUUACGGCUCUGGGACCCAGCAAUGGGCGAUCUGCAACAGACCCUUAAGGGCCAUACAGACCAGGUUCGGGCAAUGGCCUUCUCGUCCGAUGGCCGGCUACUGGUAUCCAGCUCCGAGGAUAACACAGUACGGCUCUGGGACCCAGCAACGGGCGCUCUGCAAGAAACCUUGAGUACUAAGGGACUUGUCACGAAACUUGAAUUUUCUCAAGAUAGCUCAUAUCUCAGUACUAACCUAGGAUCGUUCAAGAUUCAAUCCAGGUGUCAUAACCCUAUGCUCAAUGUACACAUGACGGACUCAGUGAUAUCUCUACAGAGUGAAUGGAUAGCUUUGAAUGGGAAACAAGUCUUAUGGCUCCCUCCUGAGGCUAGGAAAUCUUGUUCAGCGACCAAAUUAAAUACACUUGUUUUAGGACACGCGUCAGGUCGGAUUUCCUUCAUAGGAUUCCGGAAAUAA